UCUUCCUCUCCAGUAAGUUAUGUCAGUGUAGCACGGGUUGUUAUUGUACAUAAAAGUCUAAGUAACUGUUUGGAACACCACAACUCUAGACAGUCUACGCCUUAUUAGAACGAUGUGUGUACUGUUCUGUUGAUAACGAUGGCAGAAAAUAAAACUCCGAGUGAAGAACCCAAAGAGAAUGCGGCAGCCACAGAAAGCACAAACACUCCCGAAGCAACCGACAUUGAACGAGAAUUGGCACAGUCGGCACAGGCAGAAUUCAGCAAGGGGAACUACAGCACUGCAUUAUCACUUCUCAGUCAGCUAGAAGGAACGAGACCAAAGGAUGCAAAGGUUUUAAUGAACAAGGCAGUAGUAGAAUAUUACAAAAGUGACCUCAAGAAAACAGACACAUUCCGUAAGCAGUUGUUUGACAUCUGCGCAAAGUGUGGAAUCAAGAUUGAUGAGGUGGAUUCUACUGAUGAAGUCGACAGGAGCGUCAUUCACCUGAACCAUUGCAUGGUGCUUUACCACCUCCAUCAGUUUCGUACUUCCAUCGAACUGCUAGAAAAAAUGUAUAUGGGUCUGGAGUCACUAGAGGAGAGCGUGGGCAUUGGAGUCUGCUUAUUGUUAACUGAAUGCCAUUUAGGAGCACAUCAACCAGCAAGAGCCUUAGCUGUUAUUUCACACACAGAAACCACUUUUUUGCCUCAUCCUUUACCACACACACCUUCACCAAAACAGCGUCCCCCACAGGAAAAAGAAAAUAAAUCUCCAGAAAAAGGAAUUAUGUUUAGUGGUACAGGCAGUGGUAGCAGCAGCAGUAGCAGUAGCAGCAGCAGUAGCAGCAGUAGUACGAGCACAGCCACAGAUGAGAUAAAGUGUAGUGCAACACAGGAACAGUUACGUGGGAAGCUACAGCAGCUGAGAGUACGAGCACUUUUGAUGAUGCGAGCCUUAAGAGUAGCAAAGAAAGAACUCAAAACUAUAGUAACACACGCAGUCAGUGCAGGCAAUACCUUGAAUGUAACUUUAGUCAGCCUAAAGAGCCAGUUGGAAUACCUUAGAGGUAACUACCAUAAAGCAAUAAAAGUCCUCAACCAGUGUGCUGCAAUACCACCACCAACUAUCACAUAUGGGCCAAGCUUAGGUGUCAUGUAUUACAAUAAUCUUGGGGUAAUUCACCUUGGUCUUGGAAAACCAACUGUGGCCUGUCUUUACCUACAAAAAGCCCUUCAGGAAUCACAACUAACAGAAGCAACAGCUUCAACUUCCCAAUCAGGUGAUUGGUUAUCUAGUCGUCCACUGUACCAGCUGAGUAGCAAUGUUCGCAUUGAGUUGUAUUAUAAUCUUGGUGUAACACUUUUACACAUGAAUAAACCAGAAAAAGCAUUUGAUUUCCUAUUAGAAGUAUUGCAAGUGCAUUCUACCAAUCCAAGAUUAUGGCUGAGACUGGCAGAAUGCUGUGUAGCAGUACACAAGGCUGGUAUCAAAGAUGAUGCUGGUUUAAAGAAGUCUAUCAUUCAGGGGACAGUUGGUGCUGGUAUCCAUAGGAAAAUCUGUUUUUCAACAUGUGUUAAUGACCACAACAAGAAAAUGGAUCCAAUGUCUGCAACUGAUGCAGCAUUUCCAGAGCCAACUCUUGAAUUUGGCCGAUUGUGUCUUCGUAAUGCCCUAGCUCUUCUACCUGAAAAUGUUUCCACAACCUCAUUAACUGAUGAACAAGAAGCCUCGGGUGUGAUGCCUGAGCUGUAUUCUGCUGGACCAUCCUCUCCCAUGCGUGGAACUGAAGUAGUAAGCCUUCGUGUUUCUGCUCUAGCCUGUAGUGCCUAUGUGGCUCUGUGUCUCUCUGAUUACUCCGCAGCUCUCAGACAUGCAGAGACACUGUUAGCAGCUCAUCCAAAGAUUCCUGGAGUUUACAAGUUAUUAGGUCACCUCUAUGCAGGAGAAGCCCUUAUAUCUCUUGGUCGUGUGCCUGAAGCUGUAACCCAUUUAGAUCCAAGACUGGUUGGAGAUAUGACUCUGUCUCCGCCCUCUCAAGAAGCAGGCCAAAGUUUUCCACUUACUCAGCCUAGCCAAGGAUGGGCUACUGGGAACACAGCAGCAGCAAUGCAAGUAAUGAGAUAUAACCUAAGUGUAGCUUAUACACUACGUGGAGAACUAGAGAAGGCUAACAAUUUGCUCAAGGAGGUCUGUCACAGCUUAAUUGUUAUCUGUUGAUUUCUACACAAAUAA